GACAUAUCAGUACGUACUGCUAGUACAGUAGGCGAUUUCGGAAACAGCGCAGGAGGCAGAUCCACAGGAAGAAGGGGUCCACCCAUGGGUCCACUUGCUACCUCAUUUCCGACGACCACACCUCUUUAAAUCAGCUGACAGAUAACGUCACAACCGUUACGUGACUCUCCAGGGGAAAACUGCACGAAGUUUGUCCAAGCAUGUCAAGGAACACCCCCCACACACACACACACAGACACACACCCACACCCACACACACACAGGGCAGUUUCCAGUUUCACUACAGAGGAGGAGACAUACAGCCAGCACACCGAGGAAACACCAGAAACUACAGGCUGGUAGCUGAAUUAUUAAGGCCCUAUACCAAACAACAAACAAACAAAAUACAAGAGUGUUCAGCAAUAAAUCAGUCUGAACCCUCCUCUCCAUCUUCAGUCUGAGUGCGGUCAGUGCUCGAGUCCAUGUCGAGUCACAAGUCACGAAAAAUCCGGAAUCAGAGUCACCUGAGACCGUGGACACACCUGUCACAUCAGGAUAACAGUCAUCAGUAGAAAGAAGGAUUCUGGUUUCCUCACAUAUCUGACGUCAAAAGUGAUAAUGUGUCUUCUCCUAAUAUGCUCACAAGAAAACUCUAAAACUCCUCCCUCUACAUUCAGCUGAACCUCAUUCUGAGGAUUUAAGAUGAAAUGAUUAAAGAUCACAUGAGGGAAACAGGAAGUUCCUUUGAGAGGAGUCCGAAAUGACAGAAGUGAUACCAGAGAGCGAAGGAAGCUGCAUAUUUCUGUUGUUAAUGUUUAACCCUUAAAAACCACACAUUACAGACCUGUGAGGUAUUUCACUGAUACAAACACACACUGACUGUGUGCACACACAUGUCAUGUGUUCACUGUGAUUAGAAGCCAGGUGGGAUAAUAAAUGCACUUAAUAAUGAGAAACUUAAAAAAGCAAAGAGUAAAACAGAAUCAAAUGUAUUGUUCAACCAUGAAAACUAUAAAGCAAUUAAAGAAUGCAGACAAGUGAAGAUAAAUAAUAGGCCUAAUAACCAAAGACUGUAUAAAUAACCGACGUUGUAUCCGUGAAGUCAUCCAUCAGCUUCUGAAGUGCAGCUUUGAAGCCAAUCGUCAGCGGAAGCCAUAUAAGAAAUGCUGAAGUCAUCCUAACUGCUGUCGAGCUAGUGUGAGGUAAAGAGGAGGGGCUUUAGCUUCCUUGCUAACAGCUACAGUGUUCCCACCUGUCAAUCAAGUCAGCUGUGCCUCUUUUAAUGGAAAACUCGUAAUCUCAUUAUCUUUGAAAUCGCUGCUCUCCAGACUACACUCAUUUUUUGUACCAGGCUGUAAACAUGUUUAUUUCUGCUGUAAAGAUCAGCUUCUUUUAAUUGGUGUGUAUGUGGUUUCCGGUACAGCCUCAAGGACACUUGAGGAACUGCAGUUUUUAACACUUCCGCAUUGGCUUCAAUUCUCGCGGCUGGAGGUUGCUGCUUGCUAAUAAUGUACCAACUCUCAUGGAUGCAUCAGACUCUCGUGUUCGACUCCACAGCGCCCCCUUCAGGAGAGGGUUUCACCAUCAUGCAUUUAAAUUGACAACCAGGAGUGAAAACCAAACAUGAAGUCAGCCUUUUUGAGUUGAUUUUCAAAAUAACGCCCCUUUAAUGCAACAGGUUCCAUAUUUGAUCCAGCUCCUCCUCCGCACCUGCCUGAAUGUGGUCAUCCUGUUGUAAACACACUGAACAUUUCAAAAGAGCGGUUGUUAAAAAACAUGGCCGUGGUUUGAGCUCAGAGUUUUGUGUUUUUGCAUAAUUUACUACGAAACAGGAAGUCGAUGUUACUCUCAUGAGCAGUGUUCAGUCAUCCUUAUAAGAGUGCUAAUCUGACCACACCUACAUGCAAAUAUUUGUCUGUAGUCAUAGCGCCCCCUACUGCUGGCAGGAAAUUACAUGCUUUACAUUUUGAUGUACUUCUCUGUUGAACAUAUCCAGAUCAAAUUUGGUCAGCAGAGCCUUGAGACCUUGAAGAUGCUUUGUUGUGAGAACUGUGGCUGUUUCCGAAAUCGCCUACUAUACUAGCAGUACAUACUGAUAUGUCCAAAAUUCAGUAUGUAGUAAGUAGUAUGUGAACAAGAGCAAAAUCUGCAGUAUGCCAAAACUCCCCGGAUGUCUACUGAUUGGGAAAAAUAUCUCAGUGUGCAUCGGACCAGUCUUCCUCGCGUACUGUUUCCCAUAAUGCACAGCGCUCGUUCUGCUUUUUCUUUUUACUCAUUUUUUGACGGGAGGAAAUCCGUUUUUGGGUGCUGUAGCAGGCCGUUUCGGAAACAGCCUGUGACUCUUCAACAGAGGGCGCUUCAAAGUCUGAUGCCAUAAAACAGGAGGUGGUUGUAGCUCCUCGAUACUACGUUCAGUCUGCUGCAGAUUUCACAUGAAUCAUCGGAGUUCAGUCUGUACAGAUGUAUGCCACUAUUUCACCUAAAGUCAUUCUGAAAACUUUAAGUGAGACAGAUUAUUUGAUUUCACAUCCUGGGAUUAUGAACACGGAUGUGUGAGAGGCUGCUACAGAGAAAUGUGUUUGUUGAACACACACUAACCGUAAAUAUUGAAUCAGAUCCUGUGUGAUUUUGUCUUUUUCAUAUGAAGUCAUGGAGUCUUCACCCCUCCUCCUCCUCUCCUUCCUCCUUGGAGUGUGUGACGUUCAAGGAGCCGAUAAAGGAGAGGAUUUUAAAAUCUGUGCUUUUAACCUUCAACACUUUGGAGAAUCGAAGUCGAAGAAGAGCAACGUUAUGUACACGCUGGCCAAGAUCAUCUCUCGCUGUGACAUCACUUUGCUCCAAGAAGUCAGAGACAGUAAAGAGAAGGCUUUACCCCUGCUGAUGAACAGACUCAAUGGGUAUGAUACCAAACACGAGUACAGUAUGGUGGCCAGCGAGAGGCUUGGCCGAUCAGAGUCGUACAAGGAGCAGUACGUGUUCGUCUACAGGUCUGACACAGUGUCAGUCACAGGUCAGUAUCAGUAUCCUGACACUCACCCCGGAAACGUUGACGCGUUCUCCAGAGAACCUUUUGUUGUUCGUUUCAAAGCUCCAAAAACAGCCAUAAAGGAGUUUGUGCUCAUACCUCAGCACACGUCUCCAGAAAACACCACCAGGGAGCUGGACGCUCUGUAUGAUGUCAUGAAGCAUGUGAUGAAGAUGUGGAGGACAGAGAAUGUGAUGCUCCUUGGGGACUUUAACGCUGACUGUGGUUACCUGGCUAAGAAGAACAGGAAGCUUGUGCGUCUGAUCACAGAGAAAAACAUUUUCUGGCUCAUUCCUGAGAAGACGGACACCACGGUGAGAGAGUCCACUUCCUGCAACUACGACAGGAUCGUUGUACAUGGGGAAACGUUUGCCAGAGCUGUCGUGCCUUUUUCAGCAAAACCGUUUAACUUUCAGACGGAGUAUCGCCUCUCAGAGGACCAGGCUCUGGAGAUCAGCGAUCACUACCCGGUGGAGGUCAGGCUGAAGAGCAGCGCUAUGCCCCGCAGUGCAGGCAUGAAGAAGAGCAUGCAUCACUUAUUGUCUUUGUUAGUCCUCGGGCAUCUCCUCUUCAACAUGUUAACAUGGUAGCUCUCAUCACAAUGUAGGAUUAUUUUCAUCUCAGUGUGAGUAAAAUCUCACUCCAUGAUUUUAAGAUUUACCAAUAUGUGGAGUCAAACUCUCUAAAAGUCACAAAUAUCACUCAAUGUGAUGUGUUCAGGGUCUGUAUAUAAAAGAGGACAUUUCUAAUUUUUAACUUCAUGUAAUAUAUCAUAUUUACAUUAUUAAUCUUCCUGUGUAUGUACAUAUCAGCAUGAUCACAACUCUGCAGAGAAACAUCUGCUGCUUGGUGAUAACCGCCCUCCUCACGUUAAUGUGGGUAUUUGAUGGAGUUUGUUUAAUCCUUUAGUUUCAAACAAUUUGAUCUUUAUUAAUUUUCUUUAACUGAUCAAAGAUUAAGACAAUCAGGUGCUGAGGUCCUCCAAACCUAGACCUCAUUUAUUCAUUCAGCACUUUUCAAACAACAAAAUCUGACCACAGUGAUCUAAAUAAAAACAUAAAAUUAAUAAACAGCAAAAUAAAAAACUGUUUAGGGCUGUAUGGCUCGUUUCUCUUUCAACACACUGUGCGAGGGAGAUUUUUUUUGCAAGUCAGUAGUUCAGCAGAUACUAAAGUUACACGUUUUGCAUAAUUAGGACCGUGGCUGACUUGACUGACAGGCGGGCACCCUGUAGUGAGGAGGCUAAAAGCCCACCUCAACUCAACCUGUCUCUUGUUAGGUCGACCAAAAGUUAGGUUGAGUCAGCAUUUCCAAUACGGUGACUGCAGAUGAUAGGCUUCAUGUUCUAUACGUCCUAUGUUCUGCUCAAAGUGUUCCCGUUUUGGCUAAACCGGCCCACCUGUGGAGUUUUACUUCUGUUAACUAAUGCAAGUUGUUAAAUAGUUUCCUUACAGAGUAUAAUCUGUACAUAGAAUAGGCCCAAACUUCAUGUUGUCAUUUGUUAAUUAAAUGAAACGUCUUUGUUACUUUUAAACAUGUGGAGCAGAUCAUCAGAUAAUUUCUCUUUAAAUGGUGCUGAAACAAAAGAGGAGAAAAGGUGGUUACCACUAUGAUAAAUGUGGAGUCCUUGAUUUAAAACUGUGCACUUUUUAAAUCUGACAUUUGGACGGGAUAAUGGAUCAAAUAAAUGAGUCAUAAACUUAAAUAAUAAAA